AAUCUGAUGCAGUGAGCGUGUGUGUUUGUGCUUGAGCAGGAUGUGGCGGCGUUGCCUUGGCGUGUUUCUUCUGGCGGUGUCGGCGCUGGCCCGCCUGGAUCAGGUGACCCUGGACAGCCAAUGGGAACAGUGGAAGAUCACGCACGGUCGGGAAUACAACGGCCUGGACGAGGAGGGCAUCCGGCGAGCCAUCUGGGAGAAAAACGCGCUGAUGAUCGAGGCACACAACCAGGAGGCGGCGCUGGGCCUGCACUCGUACGAACUAGGCAUGAACCACCUGGGAGACAUGACGUCGGAGGAAGUGGCGGAGAAGAUGAUGGGCUUGGAGAUGCCCAUGACGCGGGAACGGGGCUUCACCAUGAGUCCCGAGCAGCAGGCCUACCCGCUGCCCAAGUCGGUGGACUACCGCAAGAUGGGCAUGGUGACGCCUGUCAAAGACCAGGGUUCAUGCGGCUCGUGCUGGGCCUUCAGCUCGGCGGGGGCCCUGGAAGGUCAGCUGGCCAAGACCACGGGUGAGCUGAGAGACCUCAGCCCUCAGAACCUGGUGGACUGUGUGACGGAGAACAGCGGCUGUGGAGGAGGAUACAUGACCAACGCUUUCAAGUACGUUAGGGACAACGGAGGUAUCGACUCAGAGGAGGCCUACCCUUACGUGGGACAGGCAGAGGUAUGCAGCUACAAUUCGUCCGGAACAGCUGCCGAGUGCCGUAGCUACAAAGAAAUUCCCGAAGGCGAUGAGCACGCCCUGGCUGUGGCGCUCUUCAAGGUUGGGCCAAUCUCUGUUGGCAUUGACGCCUCCCAGGGGACCUUCCAGUUCUACCAGAGAGGCAUUUACUAUGACCCCAACUGCAACAAAGACGACGUCAACCACGCCGUGCUGGCGGUGGGCUACGGCGUGACGUCCAGGGGCAAGAAGUAUUGGCUCAUCAAGAACAGCUGGAGCGAGAGCUGGGGCAACAAAGGCUACAUUAAGAUGGCGCGUAACCGUGGCAACUUGUGCGGCAUCGCCAACCUGGCUAGCUACCCCGUCGUGUGAGCGCCUGGCACGUCUAUUUCUUAUCCAUCGACCUCAUCCGGGAUGUUUGGCCGUCACCAUGGCGACCAGUCUCAUGUUUUCGUGUCUUUGUGGCUGUUAGCUGAAAUGUUUUUGACUUGUAAGCGCGCACAUAUGUGGCGUCGCUGGCCGACGCAGUUCUACGGACCCCCCAAACGUGACUUAAUAAUGUCAUUGUGGCCACGAUAUAGAUAUCACAUAAUGCUAAUUUGUGACCAUAAAGUAUGUAUAAUGUAUACACAAACUACAAAGGACUGAUGUAUUAU